CCAUACUUCAGAUCCCUGUGGGUUCAGUGUGUCGCAAUCUGUAUAAUGGAAUCACUACUGUGGAGAUAAAAACGGAGUUUAUGAUUUUGUUUCGUAGAUUUAUCAGCAGAACGAGCAUCUAACAUUUUAAAAGUACACAUUCAUGCAAAUAGCUGUCUGCACUUAUGCGUUUUCUAGGUUGGGUGCUAGUGGUGUUCCUGGAGGAGGAUGUCCUGAGUCAUCCUAUUCCUUUGGAGGAGGUGGAAGAUGCAUCAGGCCGCAAUGGUGUGGAGGCUGACCUCCAGGAGAGACAUGAGUGUAGGGCGCGCUACUAUGUGGGGGAGAGAAUGCGGAGGGCCGUAAUAGUGAGACGUUCAGAGAAUCGAGAGGAACUUGUGAAUUAUUAUACCAGUGUAAUGAAGCUUGAGAGAGAGGAACGCACAGCAGACAGAAAGAAUACAUUGUGGCAGUACACUAAGAUGAUAGGCGGGAGUGUGGUGGUAGGAGGUUUGGCGGUGGCAGCAGCACCACUGGCUCUGUCUGCAGCAGGCUUCUCUAGUGCUGGUAUUGUGGCAGGUUCUCUGGCUGCUCGUCUGAUGUCUAUGGCAGCCAUAGCGAAUGGUGGUGGCGUGGCGGCAGCCAGUGCCGGAGGCUGGAUCGCGGCUCUCCAGUCAGCAGGUGCUGCAGGCAUAUCUGCCACAACAAAUCUACUGCUGGGCUCUACAGCAGGGGGACUGUUUGCCAUGUUUAAUAGAAAGAAAGCAUCUGAAGGUAAUGAAAAUGAAGGAGACACUAUUAAGAAUAUGAAAUGCCAGGACAAGAAGGAAAAGAAAAUGGAUCUAAAUAAAAUUAGAGCUACCAAAACUACAGAAGGUAAUCAAGCACAGGACACUGGCCGUCCAUCGGAAGACACCAUCCAAGUCCACAACAGUGACUGUCUAUCUGGAGACACUGCUGAAGCUGAGGACAUCGGCCGCCUGUUGGAUAGCAAUACCCAAAACCCAGAGACAGAACGUCUGUAUCAGGAGACUCUGAGACUUCAGGAAGCAAACCAGUGUAAGAUUUGUAUGGACAGUAAGAUGAACACUUUAUUUUUUCCCUGUGGACAUUUGUGUGCUUGUCAACAGUGUGCUGCCAGACUGAGAAAAUGUCCCAUCUGUAACAAGGUGGUGAGAAACCUACACCGAGUGUACAAGUCGUAGGGCUGACUACUGCAGUCUAUAGUCUCAUGGGUAUACCUGUUAUUUGUUGACAGACCAACAUACUUCCUGUCAUUAGAUCACAUGUACAUGUAGACUCAAGUGAUCACCUAUUGUAAUCUGGGAUAUUGUCCUUAUUGUUUUUCAGUAUGUAAAGUCCUUUAACAUUUUUUAAAAGUGAUGAUCUCCAUUCAAGUUGUAAAAAUGUUUGAAUUUGUAAAAGUUCUUGACUCCAAAAAUAAAACAAUUGUGCUGAC